UCUGCAUUGUCCCAGAGACGAUCACGUGGCGUACCGGUCCUGGGCCCGACCCAUGGCAUCGCCGCGGGAGAUGUCUCCACCCGCCGGGCGGCUGCACAACACCUACGCGCCGGUCGAGACGGAGAUUGCAGGCGAAUGCCGCAGACUGCUUGGAUGCAAUUUGGCCAUAGCAAUGCUUUGCGUGCUUUUCACGAUCUCUUGCCUCGUGGUCACGGUCAUCCUUGAUCCUGCAGCCAAGGUGAAGAAAGAUGCACAGCGAUCCAAAGCGGCUUCUGAGCUGUUCGUGGCGCCCUCCCCAGCCACAGAGUCCUGGAAGCCGGAGCCGUCCAGAGCAGAGACCCCACGGCCCAUCCUCACAGAGACCAGCACGGCCUGGCCAACGGUGACUGCAGCGUGGCCAAAGCCACCCACGUUGCCACCCACGGCGCCACCAAUGGUCUUGGUCACUGGGCCACCGAAUGCACCGGAAGCUUUGAGAUGGCAACCCACGCCAGAGCGAUUGAGCAGACCGGAGUUUGUCUCAGAGCCUGCGAGGGAAGAUGCUCCAGCGGCCAAACCAUCAUCAACGAGAGAGGACACCGUUUUGACGGCACCUGAGAAGUUCACAACGCUUGAGAAGACAAGAUCUGAAGGCAAUUUGCUUGUUCCUUUGCCCACUGCGGCUGGGGACAUCGUUUGAGGGUUCCUUCAUUGGAGAUGAUCUUUCUUAGGGGAGGUGGAUGAAGCUUUGCAGUUAAAGUUAAACUCCCGCACGCCUUUGUUUCCAUCCAACAGUUCCACAUUUGUGCGGGCUUGGCACUUCCAAAGCGCGUGGACGUUGUGCCAAAGAGAGGGCCAUUGCAAGUACGCGCUACUAAGCGGUUACUAAGCGGAAACUCUUUGGCGAGAACUGCUGACCACCCUCCCCAUUGAUGCUGAACACAUCUAGUUCAACCUUAACAGCUUGAUGAAUGUCAAGCAAGUAUGAUGCAUGGCACUUCAGCCGCUUCAGCGCAGCCAGCAACAGUUCUGUUGCUCAUGGUGCUGUAAGGGGUGCUCAAGCAGGAGCUUUAAAUUUCAGCAGGUCAGCUCUUAUCACACCAAAGAGGUUUUCGUGAACAAUUCAGCCCUGCGCAGACAACAGAUGCUGCCAGGUAAGCCUAGCAAACCUGGGGUUGCGGUGAA